ACUCUCCCUUGCAGCAAGAUGUCUGCGCCCUUGAGCAAGAGUCGUGCUCUGGCAUGUCGAUUCUUUUCAUUCCAUACUAUGUUAAAGAACAAUGGAAGAGUCACAGUGUCCUGCCCAGUUGCCAUGAAAGCAAGGGGACAUAUUACCUCUCAGAAAGGUUAUUCAAGUGGUACGUCUCCAACAUUACAGAAAGCUGCAGCUGCUGAGGCAUCUCCAUUAUCUGAGGAUGUUGCUGAGGAUGUUGUGGAUGUUGAUGUGGCAGCCAAGAGUUUACAACACCAUGACUAUUUUGGUGUCCGGGAGCUGGUCACAGUGAGAGAUAUGUUCAAGGCUAGGGUACAUUUCGGUCACAAGGAAGGACUGAGAGAUCCGUACAUGGCACCCUACCUGUUUGGCAACCGCCUUGGUAUUGACAUCUUUGACCUUGACCAGACCUUGACCUUGUUCCAAGACGCCCUCAACUUCACAGCCCACAUCGCCUACCGUGGUGGCAUCAUCCUGUUCCUGUCUCGCCACAGACAGACAAUGCCAUGGGUGGAGCGUACUGCGCUGGAAGCGAAUGAGUACUCUCACUGUAGGUUCUGGAAGGGAGGAACAUUCACAAAUGCCACCGUCCAGUUCGGGACUGUCACACGGCUGCCAGAUCUCUGUAUCUUCCUCCACACACAGAACAAUGCAUUUUUGCCUCAUGCUGCAAUUACGGACAGUGCUAAGCUUCUGAUCCCGACUGUAGGGAUAGUUGACUCGAACUGUGAUCCCCGCCUCAUCACGUAUCCCGUCCCGGGUAACGAUGAUACUCCAGUGACGGUGGAGUACUACUGUAAUUUGUUCAAAAAGGCGAUACUGGCUGGCAAGAGGAAACAGAGGCUGGACGGCUUGGAGCAGGACUAGAUUAGUUACAGGAUUGUUUGGGAAGGACCAAAUUGGACACAAAUCAAGCAUAUAAAAAUGGCCAACAAAAGUUGUCCGAGUUCCCAGAGGGAAAUGUUUCAUAUUUCAUUUGUAGCAAGACUAAAUUACCUUGUACAUAAAACCAUGGUAUAAUUAUUACUGCAAGUGAUUCAAGUUAUAUAGAAAUCUGUGUGCAGUCUCUUUAGUUUGUUACCAUUGCAUCAUUGGCAGUAUUCUGUAUAAAUAGCACAUAGACGUGUGUAUGAUUGUGCCAUAAUACAAAUUCAUUGUUGGUGCUCGGAUUAAACUUGUGAAUCAAGA